AUGGCGAAAGCGGCGCCUCUUGAUCCGUAUAGCUCUUUCCAUUUUGAGGCCUUCUCGGAUCUUCCAAAGUCGGGCCAGCAGCUGAACGACUCACUCGACUCCGUGGAGGCGCGCAGAAAAUGUGCUGAAGAAGGAACUGUAGGACACACAGAACGUGGCGACUCUCCAGCAACUGACUACGCAGAGGCUACGCUGGUCCAGCCCGCGCGAAAGUCUCCAACACACGACGCCUGGGCCUUAUCCGCAUCCCAGGCAGUGUCACUCCUGGCAAUUAGCAGCAGCAGCUGGAAACGAUAUUUCCCCGGCAUCAAACUACCAACAUCGUGGAAUCAGGGGCCCUUCUCUCCCCGCAGCUCGAUGAGGGACAGCAGGGUACUUCCGACCGGCCUAGCACCCCACAUCAGUGCAGGCAACACCGCUGCAGAAUCUGCAGGGUGCUCCUCCGAGGGGCAGCCUUCACAAGUUCUGGUCCGCACGCGGAAGUUCAAAUGGAUUCGUUUCCUAGUGCGACGCCUUCGGUGCAUAUAUGUGCGCGAUGAGCAUCGCGUUCGUGAGUCACGUUCCACUUCCCAAGGGACCAUUCACUCUGGUCGGCGUCGUCGCAUGCCUCUGAGACACCGUAGGCGCGCUUCGCAGGACGAACCGAUUGGCAAACAGUGGCAUGGCAGACCAGAAGGGAGAUCCUCGGCAGGGGUGGCUCCCCGAGCGGCAGAGCUUCCUGUUUCGAGAGGGGGGGAAACUGAACGAAACAGCGCAGUUCCUUUGAAUGGCGCCUCUCCCUUCAGAACUACAAGUGUUUCUGCGAUCGGCGGGGUCCUUUCCGAGCCGUUGUGCAUUAUCCAUUCGCGUUCGCUCGGGGAUGCAGCGGACGCAGAGGGGCCAGUGCCGGAUGCGCAGGAUGUUGCCUCCGAUGGUGUGGCUGAACGAGCUGCCAUCAGCAGCUCCUUGGCAUGUGAAGCUGGUGGGAGGGAAGCAUCGGACAAGGGACAGUAUUCGAGGGCGCAGACCGAUCCGUCGCUUCUCAUGGCGGACGCGGAUACACCCGAAGCUUUAGAAGCAGCAGAAUCGCUGGCAACAGUUCCUGGAGCCGCGUGCGAUCCUGCUGCACUGCCUUUCGCCAUUCAAGUUGGCAUGUGGCCCCUGGUGUCUUUGGAGCCGAUCGGCGUAAACAAGCUCGGCGUGCUCCUGGACAGCCUCGAAGAGCAGCGCAUGCGGUUCAACAGGCUGCAGCGCCAGGCUGCUGGACCCCCGCGUGAAGGCCAUGUGUGGGAUCGCCGAGGUGAAGUGGAAGAACUGUCAGGCCUCUUGAUCAGAGCUUCCAUUCAUUCAAUGCUGAGUGCAGAUUGUCAGAUGCCAUGUGUACACUCGAACGACGGCAUUCAGGUCUGGAAAGGCGAAACGGGAGUCGGAAACUUCGCAUGCCGCGCUUCGUUCCUUUUGCCGCUGGAGCCGCGCCGUUAUGCGAUGUUCGCGAGCAACGCAGAGCUUCGCUCUUUGUGGGACAAGAACAUGACUGAACAGCAUGUGGUUGAGCAGCUUGACGUCGGCCACGACAUCUGCUAUGUUGCAUUUAGACGGAUCGCCACGGUGUAUCCGCGAGACGUCGUAACGCUGCGCGCUAAGUGCAGACUGCACCUGCACCCGCUUGUUGCGGAAACAGCGCCUAUGGCAACGAGGAACAGCCAUGAGGACUUUAUUUCCGAUGAUUGCAUGACGGAGAAAGUGCUUCCAUCCGAAGAGGACAAAAUAGCAUACACCUCGAUGAGCUGCUCGAUUCACCACCCCGAUGUACCCGAAACGUGCGCAGCAAUGCAAGCCAGCCCUGGCCGAGUUCGGAUGGAUAUUCGAAUCAACGCCUACCUCGCGAGGCCCGUGCGGACUCCUUUUGGCCUGUGGAGCGAAGUGACACUGGUGAACGAAUCCGAUUCAGGCGGUUGGAUACCUGCGGCCAUUACCAGAAAUAUGUCUGCAAAGCUUCUUCCCUCUACGGUGGAGCGAUUUUCUGUACAAAUACUGAAGCACUAUAAUAUCGCAUGGACAGGAUCGGCUUCUGGGUUUGCAACCCGCAUGCUGAAAGCGAGCAACUUUGUAUUGACGUAG